GACGGUUCAAACGCUGGUAAUGGGAAUAUUUUAACACAACAAAGGCCAGGAGUGACAAUAGCUCGCCACGGAUCGGAUCUUCUAUUUGUUCCAUUAAACAUAUAUUUACCUCAACUUAGUUACCGUCGCCAGGUUUUCUGCAUCGACAAUCACUGCACCGACCGUGAAGCUCUGUCAACACGAUCCUGCUUCAAAACCAAUUCUCACACUUUAACAACACCACCACACUCUCACAGGCAUUCUUAAAUACCUGCUGACUCGUUAUACGUCAAGCAAUUGGACACACAAAAUAUCGCGAGAUGGCAACCAGUCAAUCUCCGAUUCUAUCACCGGUCAUGGACAGAGACGACAAUGCCCCUCCUGUCCAGCCGCUCUCGAAGAGAGACAAGCGCCGCACUGCGUUGAUUGAUCGACUCAACGACAUCACGAUGCAGUUCUCAGCGAACAAGGACCAAUAUUAUCGCGAGCAACUGGGUGUUGUUCAGCAGGAUAUUGCCCUGAUUCUCCAUGCCAUCCCAUACGUGGAAGAUCCGACCAAAGAAUCAACUGUCGAGCUACUGGCAGUCAUCCAAAAACUUACCAGAGGUGACCCACGAGCCCUCCAGUCUGUCAAGGAAGGAGAUCUUCAAGGCGUUGGAGGGAGAAUAUACCAUGAGUUCCGGGAUGAGAUUCAAGACGCCAUGGAGCGUCGAGAUGCCGCCUUAUCAGCGUAUGCAUUUGAGCACAAAAGCAACCUCAGUGAACUCAAUACCAGCUCGGCAUUUUUGACGAAGCUCGCUGGACGAGAGCAUUCCGCUCUCGCCAGUACCAUUCGCGACCGACUCAUAAAUUCGAUUACAGAAAGAAAGCGAAAGCUUAACAGAGACAUGACAAGCAAUGAGGGGAUCGACAAUUCAAAUGCAUACCACUACCACCCAGCGCAAUACAGUGUUCUCAACCCUUCGAGCCCCGGAGGCGUUCUCGGGAAGCGUUCCUCGAGACACCGCCGAGACCUAGACGACCUGCCGGCGAUGCUCGAUCCCACCAAGCGCAAACGCCGAGCUGUCGACGAUGGCAGGGCGUCUCCAGUCCCGAGCCGCCGUGCACCAAUCGACCUGCACCAGAUUGGCUCGAACACACCUCUCAAUAGAUUCACAGAGAAGGCCCAAGAUCCCGAAUACCCGCUAUACAGCGUCGACAAGCUCUUCACCGAGAAGGAGUUGUCUCUGCUUGAGCGCCAGGCUGCCGAGGCUGCACACAAAUACAUGGUCCGCCAUAAAUUCAACGAAGCAGCGACACGCUCUCAAUCCGACAGUGACGGUUCUCGCAAUGGCGACGCAGACCAGCGCAACAAUGACUCCACACCCGACUCGCCUCUCGUUGCCCCGGCCAUGGACCGCACAACCCGCUCAACUCGCGGCAUUGGCGGCGCCACCAGCGGCUUCAUUGGCUCAACCGGCAUUGAAGUCAUCGCUGACCUCACUCUCCCAUCCACAUUCACCGGGCAGCUGAACCAGAUGCCUCGCCUCCCCCCACCGUUGUACCCCAGCAUGACCAAAUUCUUCGGCUCCACCAAGGGCGAUAACAUGCGACCCAACCUCACCGAGGGCGUAGCCGGCGACGAGCUCAACCAGGACAUGAACCGCAUCGAGUGGGGCAAGCGCGUGAACUCGCAACUCAAGCCCGGAGCAAGUCUGGACCAGGACGUCGAGACCGACAAGGGCACCAUCCCCGGCGACCGCCGUUUCCUCGCCGCUGCGAUCGCCGAGCCGGGCGUGUAUCCCGUGUGGCUCAGCGGCAAGAAGAGGGAAGAGCGCAUCGAGAGCGAGUUCGGUGUCGGGAAGCGCGCUGCUGCGCGCCUGGGGCUGGAUGCCGAGGAGGUGGGCAGCACGGCGAUGAGCAAGCAGAGUAGUCGUGGUGGAAGCGAGGCUGGCGGCGUGGAGAUGAGCAGGGAGGGCUCGAGGCGGAAGGCGAAGAACAAUUAGUGUUGUUUCUGGGCUUUGCACUUUUCUUCAUUACGAAUUACGAUCAAUGGAUAGUGGCGUCUUGAGUCCUCCCGGCGCGGGCUGGUGGGGUUUGAAAAUGGGAUAUGGAGUUUUGCUUUCUUACUGGGUAUUAUUGCUUGCUGGAUUUUUAUCAUCCGGGUUUACCCAUUUGGUUUUUUGUGCACAUAAUUGGGAUGCUUCGGCAUCAUAUUUAGAUUUGGCAUUGCGUGGAUUUUCGAUGCAGUAUACAUACACCUGUAGCUUGAAGACAAGACAGACCAGUACAAGCGUUCAUUAGAUUUCCAAUCCAAUAAUUCGAUUUCAAUAUUUGCC